AGGACUUAAAAGGUCAUGAAACACUACAACACAUUUUUUUAUGUUAACAGAUGUAUAUGUCUUGCACUCAAGGGUAGAUAAUGUCAGCAUUCGUUAUUUUUAAUUUCAAGAGGAAAAGGGUUAAUUUAGGGAUUCUUCGGGCUAUUUUCGUCUUCCGGGUUUAAAUGAAGAUGGAGUCAACGUCACAGAACGUGACGUACAACGUUUAGGCUUUCCAUUGAAUUUCAGGGCCCUUACGUCACGGGUGUUCUUGAUAUUAUUCAUGAAAAGGUGUGGCCUUUACCCUUUGACGAGUGACAGCUGCAGGUUUGUCAGUGUCAUUGCCAUGCACGUGACCAGUGCUUCAAACUCUCAAGUGCAGUUGAGAAAGUUGAUAGUACCGUGACACAAAAUCCCUCCCGCGCUGAUGACAUAAAGACAGGACAGGCUUUCAGUCAAAGGGAACAUUUCUUAAAUGUUCGUACAGCACGCAUUUAUUAACAUGAAUGUUUCGACAUAUGCGGUGAGGUGGACUGUCUGCGACUGGGACUCGUUUGAGACGCAGUUAUCAUUGAUUGUCCCAGACACAAACGCUAACCAUGCCUCCAUGUUCGAUCCAUCCAUCCAUCCAUCCUCCAUCCAUCCAUAAUCAGAAGAAAGAAAGCCUUACACAUCUGGGAUGGCAUGAAGGGUACCAUGUUUAUGUUGAAGAUCUCUGCCUUCCUUGUUGCUUAUGCUGUAGUCGUGUGCCAGAUGUGCAAAUCAGAUGCUGCCCCAGUGAGAGCUGGUUCCGAAUCUCUGACAGACAGACUCGCGCUCAUGGAUUAUGAAACUCAGCGAUUAUUGAGUGCUAUAGUCAAAAAUGUAGUGCAGAUGACAGCAGAGGAACUGGAACCGACAAAUGAUGAAAACAGCAUUACAGCACAGAAGCGAGCGUGUAAUACGGCCACCUGCGUCACUCACCGUCUGGCAGACUUCCUGAGCCGCUCCGGUGGAAUCGCCAACAGCAACUUCAUCCCGACCAAUGUAGGCGCCAAAGCAUUCGGCCGUCGCAGGAGAAAACCUCAGAUCAGUGAAUCUGAGGCCAACACUGUAUCACGUUCAGUCUGAGACAAUGGGAUAACCAGAAAAACAGAUAUCAGUUCACUUUUCCAGUUAAUAACAACAUCCUCGGCAAUGAUGACUUUCAUGCCAUUUUUGUUUUUUACACACAACAGAGAAUUCUAAAAAUGCACUCCUGCACUUAUGUUAUGUUUCCAUAUGUAUUGACAGAGAAAUCUAUAGAUUUUUAUAUGAAACAAAUCAGAUUAAUAAAGACAUCAGUGUUUAUUCUCCAUCUCUGUGGGGUCAAAAUAAAUCCAGCCUUACAAAGACAAUGGCUUUGUACUGUGCCUUCAUGUAAAACACGUUUGUGUAAUUUAUGCUUGAAGCUCCUGAUAAUAAAUGGAAGAAAUUUCAGUCAUUGACAAGGUGAUUGUUUUAA